GCUUCCUUGUUUUGGGAUGGAGACAAAGGUUAUUUCCACCGGAAUCCGGUAUUCUAAAUUACCGGAAAGUUACGUCAGACCGGAAUCCGAACGUCCUCGGUUGUCGGAAGUCUCCGAGUGCGAAAACGUCCCUGUUAUCGACUUGGGGUCCGAUGACAGAAGCCGUAUCAUUGAACAAAUCUCUCUUGCCUGCAUGCACUACGGAUUUUUCCAGGUCAUCAAUCAUGGAGUUUCCGACGAAGCCGUGGAAAGAAUGCUACAAGUGGCGCGUGACUUUUUCCGGCUGCCGUUGGAGGAGAAGUUGAAGCUUUACUCCGAUGACCCUUCAAAGACAAUGAGACUUUCCACCAGUUUUAAUGUGAACAAAGAGAAGGUUCAUAACUGGAGAGAUUACCUGAGAUUACACUGUUAUCCUCUCCAUAAAUAUGUCCCUGAGUGGCCUUCCAAUCCUCCUCCUUUCAAGGAAAUUGUGCGUAAUUACUGCGUUGAAGUUCGAGAACUGGGGUAUAGAUUGCAAGAGUUAAUAUCAGAGAGCUUGGGCCUGGAAAAAGAUUACAUAAAGAAUGUUCUUGGGGAGCAAGGCCAGCAUAUGGCUGUCAACUAUUACCCUCCAUGUCCCGAGCCGGAGCUUACCUACGGGUUGCCUGGUCAUACAGACCCCAAUGCUCUUACGAUUUUACUUCAAGAUUUACAAGUUGCGGGGCUCCAAGUAUUGAAAGACGGCAAAUGGCUCGCCGUUAAUCCGCACCCGAAUGCUUUCGUCAUUAACAUCGGCGAUCAGCUACAGGCAUUGAGUAAUGGGAGGUACAAGAGCGUGUGGCAUCGAGCAACCGUGAAUGCCGAUAAGGAACGGAUGUCGGUUGCUUCUUUCCUCUGUCCGUGUGACCACGCGAUAAUCAGCCCUGCAAAGCCUCUAGUCGAAGAUGGAUGUGGAGCCGUAUACAGGGAUUAUACUUAUGCAGAGUAUUACAGUAAGUUCUGGGGCAGGAACCUGGACCAAGAACAUUGUUUGGAACUAUUCAAGAACUAGUAUCGGCUUUCGUCGCCCCAGUGUUUCCUCGACUUUUCAUUUGUAUCUGAAUGCAUGUAUAUUACUGCAGAAUAAGUAGAGUGCCCCUUUUUCAUUUAUUGCAGUGUGCCCAUUUUUAAUGCUGCUUCCUUUUAGCAGUCUACUGUGUAACUCACAAUCCUUCUAUGGCACCCGAUUGUUCCGAACCGAAGUUGAACUUCUCUUUAUUAUAUCGUAUUGUACUAUAAAGGACAGCAUUGUCCGUCACAAAAUGAUUCUGUGCA